AUGGCUGUCCAUACUUACAAUGUUGCCAUGACCUGCGGAGGAUGCAGCGGAGCUGUUACUCGAAUCUUGACCAAGCAACUUGGCGAAGGCGAAAAAUUCGAUGUGAAUCUCGAAGCAAAGACUGUGAAAGUCCAGACUGCCCGGUCCGCCGAUGAGAUCAAAGAAAUCAUCGCCAAGUGCGGAAAAGCCACUACCUUCGUGAGCACCGACGAUGCCGCGUCUCUUUAG